AUGAGCGCCUCCUCGUUCGAAUUCGACCCGGCUUUGGCUCGCUCGCCUCCCCUGCGACCGACGGCCUCGCCCAGCUCCAACCCGACCUCGUCCCCCUUGGCCGGUGCUGCCUCAUCGGCGGCCGUCACCUCGUCCUCCGCCGCACGUUCGCUCUCCCCCGACGCGACCAGGCCGUUCGGUCAACCCGUACCCCCGACGACCUAUCCGACCACGGCCGAGCUCAAGCACCAGUUCGCGCCUACCUCGCAGUCGAGCUCGAGCCAUGUCUCGACCAAGAAGAUGCUGCUCGAACUUGCCGACGGCAGCGCGUACGAGGGCUUCUCUUUCGGCGCCGAAAAGUCCAUUGCUGGAGAGUGUGUGUUCCAGACCGGUCAGUCCACGAGAAGACGGUGUCAUUUGGAACGCUAUGCUCAUUCCAAGCUGACACGACCCGUCUCCUCUCCUUCGAAUCUGCUUUCUCCGGCCUCGCUCGCGUCGCGCCUUUCCUCCGCUGUCCGACCUAACACCCACUCAGGCAUGGUUGGAUACCCCGAGUCCUUGACCGACCCCUCGUACGCCGGCCAAAUUCUCAUUUUGACCUACCCGCUCAUCGGCUCGUACGGUGUGCCCGCGCGACCGCCCAAGGGUGUCGUCGACCCUGCCAAGUUGCCGAGCGAGUUUGAAUCCUACAAGAUCCACGUCGCCGGUUUGGUUGUCGGCAACUACUCGGGCGCAGGUGACGAUUUCUCCAACCACGCCGCCAAAACCGAGCUCGCCGAAUGGCUCAAGGAGGAAGGCAUUCCCGCCAUCUUUGGUGUCGACACGCGUGACCUCACCAAAAAGUUGCGCGAACGAGGCAGCACCAUCGGUCGUCUCUCUGCGCCCGUCGCCGGUGCCGAAGCACUCUCGUCCGGGGCCGAAUGGCGCAAGGCGUAUGAAAAAAUCGAGUACCACGACCCCAAUGGCGACAACCUCGUUGGUGCCGUGUCGACUCGCAAGGCGACCCUCUAUAAGCCCGACGGCACCGUCGAGCCCCUCUUGCACCCCUCGGGCCGGCCCCUGCGAGUCCUUUGCGUCGACGUCGGCAUGAAGUACAACCAGAUUCGAUGCUUCAUCAAGCGAGGCGUCGAGCUCAAGGUCGUCCCGUACGACUACAACUAUCUCACCCCGACUGAAGAGCCCUUUGAUGGGUUGUUCCUGUCAAACGGCCCCGGUGACCCGGCCACCUUGACCGCGACGACGACCGUCCUCGCCAAGGCGAUCGAGCUCGGCAACUUCCCCAUCUUUGGUAUCUGCCUCGGCCACCAAUUGCUCGCCCGAGCCAGUGGUGCGAGCACCCUCAAGCUCAAGUACGGCAACCGAGGUGCCAACAUCCCUUGCACCUCGCUCGUCAGCGGUCGAUGCUACAUCACCUCUCAGAACCACGGUUACGCUGUCGACACGGCCACGCUCAAGCAAGGUUGGAAGGAGCUCUUCGUCAACGCCAACGACGGCUCCAACGAAGGCAUCUACUCGACCGAGCGCCCCUUCUUCUCGGUCCAGUUCCACCCCGAGUCCGCCCCCGGUCCCCGCGACACCGAGUUCCUCUUUGACACCUUCAUUGGUGCGAUCCAGAAGAGCUUCGCGUCGGCGGGCAAGCAACUCGUCGGCGCCGUCAGCUUUCCCGGAGGCGACGCGGCCGAGAACGCGGCCAAGACGCCCCGCGUCGACGUCCGCAAGGUCCUCGUCCUCGGUUCCGGUGGUCUUUCCAUUGGUCAAGCCGGAGAGUUCGACUACUCGGGUAGCCAGGCGAUCAAGGCCUUGAAGGAAGAGGGGAUCUACACGGUCCUGAUCAACCCUAACAUCGCGACGAUUCAGACAUCCAAGGGUCUCGCCGACAAGGUCUACUUCUUGCCCGUCACGGCUGACUCCGUCCGCAAGGUCAUCGAGCACGAGCGACCCGACGGUAUCUACUGCACCUUCGGUGGUCAAACCGCCCUUUCGGUCGGUAUUAAACUCAAGGACGAGUUCGCCGGUCUCGGCGUCAAGGUCCUCGGUACUCCGAUCGAGACGAUCAUCACGACCGAAGAUCGUGAGCUUUUCGCUUCCGCGAUGGAGGAGAUUGGCGAAAAAUGCGCCCAGUCCGCUUCGGCCGUGACUGUCGACGAAGCCGUCAGGGCCGCGACCGUGAUCGGGUACCCCGUCAUCGUCCGCGCCGCUUUCGCCCUCGGUGGUCUCGGUUCCGGUUUCGCUUACAACGAGUCCGAGCUCGUCGAGCUCUGCACCAAGGCUUUUGCCACAUCGUCGCAGGUGCUCGUCGAGAAGUCGAUGAAGGGCUGGAAGGAAAUCGAGUAUGAGGUCGUGCGUGAUUGCCGCGACAAUUGCAUCACCGUGUGCAACAUGGAGGUGAGUCUUCUCGGCGCGGUGGGCUUGGUGCCAAGCGAAUGACUGACAUAUUUCUUCGCUCACCCCUCUUGCAGAACUUUGACCCUCUCGGUAUCCACACCGGUGACUCGAUCGUCGUUGCGCCGUCGCAAACCCUGUCCGACUCGGACUACAACAUGCUGCGCACGACGGCCGUCAACGUCAUCCGCCAUCUUGGCGUCGUCGGAGAGUGCAACAUCCAAUACGCGCUCAACCCGCACUCGCAAGAGUACUGCAUCAUCGAGGUCAACGCGCGUCUCUCGCGCUCGUCCGCACUCGCUUCCAAGGCCACCGGGUACCCGCUCGCGUUCAUCGCCGCCAAGCUCGGUCUUAACAUUCCGCUCAACGAGAUCCGUAACUCGGUCACUAAGAACACCUCGGCCUGCUUCGAGCCUUCGCUCGACUACAUCGUCGUCAAGAUUCCUCGAUGGGAUCUCAAGAAGUUUACCCGCGUCUCGACCGCGCUUUCUUCGUCGAUGAAGUCUGUCGGUGAAGUCAUGGCCAUCGGCAAAACGUUCGAAGAGACGAUGCAGAAGGCUAUCCGCGCGAUCGACCCUUCUUUCGCCGGUUUCGGCAAGAACUCAUUCAGCCAGGACAUUGACGAGGAGUUGAAGAACCCCUCCGAUCAACGCGUGUUCGCGAUCGCCAACGCGAUGCACUCGGGCCGCACGGUCGAGGAGAUUCACGACCUGACCAAGAUCGACAAGUGGUUCUUGCGCAAGCUCGAGCACAUCGUUGACAUUGAACGUAUCGUCUCCAAGUUCUCGGCAACGCAGAUCCCGGCGCCUCUCUUGCGCCACGCCAAGCAGAUGGGUUUCGCCGAUGCGCAGCUCGCCAAGUUGCUCGGCUCGAACGAGCUUGCCGUGCGCCGCGUGCGCACUGACUUUGGCAUCACGCCUCGCGUCAAACAGAUCGAUACAGUUGCCGCGGAGUUCCCUUGCUUCACCAACUACCUCUACACGACAUACAACGCCGCCGCGCACGACGUUAAGUUUGAGGACAAGGGUAUCAUGGUUCUUGGUUCGGGUGUGUACCGUAUCGGUUCCUCUGUCGAGUUCGAUUGGUGCGCCGUGCGUGCGAUCCGCACGAUCCGCGACCGUGGCUUCAAAACUGUCAUGGUCAACUACAACCCCGAGACCGUCUCGACCGAUUACGACGAGGCUGAUCGCCUGUACUUUGAGGUCAUCAGCCUCGAGACGAUCCUCGACAUUUACGAGGUCGAGGCCUCGUCGGGUGUCGUCGUAUCGAUGGGAGGUCAAACCUCGAACAACAUCGCUCUGCCUCUGCACCGCCAAGGCGUCAAGAUCCUUGGUACCUCGCCCGAGAUGAUAGACAUGGCCGAGAACCGCUACAAGUUCUCGCGCAUGCUUGACAAGAUCGGCGUCGACCAACCGCUGUGGAAGGAGUUGUCGACGAUCGAUGCCGCGCACGAGUUCUGUGACAAGGUCGGCUACCCCGUCCUCGUCCGACCUUCGUACGUGCUCUCUGGCGCCGCCAUGAACGUCGUCUACUCGAGCGACGACCUCAACGCCUACCUCAGCCUCGCCUCGGCCGUCUCGCGAGAGUACCCCGUCGUCGUCACCAAGUACAUUGAAGAGGCCAAGGAGAUCGAGAUGGACGCCGUCGCGCGCGACGGAAAGCUCGUCAUGCACUACAUCUCCGAGCACGUUGAGAACGCUGGUGUGCACUCUGGAGAUGCCACCUUGAUCUUGCCCCCUCAGGAUCUCGACCCCGAGACCGUGCGCCGCAUCGAGGUUGCUACGGCCAAGAUCGCCGCCUCGCUCAACGUCAGCGGACCUUUCAACAUCCAGUUAGUUCCGGGCCUGCACCGCUCUGGCGUGCGGUUGACACGUACUGACCUAGUGUAAGCCUUCCAACAGGUUCAUCGCCAAGAACAACGAGAUCAAGGUCAUCGAGUGCAACGUUCGCGCUGCUCGAUCAUACCCCUUCGUCUCCAAGGUCACGGGUAUCGACGCCAUCGAGUUGGCCACGGACGUCAUGCUCGGCUUGCCCGUAGAGCCAUAUCCACAGUCGACGAUGCCCGCCGACUACGUUGGAAUCAAGGUGCCGCAGUUCUCAUUCGGUCGUCUUGCCGGCGCCGACCCCAUUCUCGGUGUCGAGAUGGCGUCGACCGGUGAGGUCGCUUGCUUCGGCAAGGACAAGUACGAGGCUUAUCUCAAGGCGCUACUCUCGACGGGCAUGACCAUGCCCAAGAAAAAUGUGCUUUUCUCGAUCGGUUCCUUCAAGGAAAAGCUCGAGAUGCUCCCUUCGGUGCAGAAGCUUCACACGCUUGGCUACAACAUCUUUGCGACCGCCGGUACCUCGGAUUUCCUGCAGGAGCACGGCGUGCCCGUGAAAUACCUUGAAGCGCUCGAGGUUGACGACGCGCAAAAGUCUGAGUACUCGCUCAACCAGCACAUCGCCAACAACCUCAUCGACCUGUACAUCAACUUGCCGUCCAAAAACCGAUACCGCCGACCCGCGAGCUACAUGUCCAAGGGUUAUCGCUCGCGUCGUAUGGCUGUCGACUUUGCCGUCCCGCUCGUCACGAACGUCAAGUGCGCCAAACUCUUAAUUGAGGCCUUGGCGCGCCGACCCAGUCUCGAGAUUUCGAGCGUCGACUUUAAGACGUCGCACCGCACGAUCACGCUUCCUGGUUUCAUCAACACCCGCACCUUCAUUCCCAACAUCGCCGUCGCAUCUACCGGAUCGGCCGAGAUUGAGCAAGCCACCGAGGCCGCCCUCGCCGGCGGCUUCACGACUGUGCAACUCCUGCCGAUCGGUACCUCGUCGAGUGUCGAAGACGCCUUGACGCUCGAUGUUGCCGAGGCCAACGCCGCGGGCCACGCCCACUGCGACUACGCUCUCAGCAUCGCCGCCACCGUCGACAACUCGACGAGGAUGAACGCCGAGCUCAUCCAGUCCGCGCGUAGUCUCUUUUUGCCCUUCACCAAGCUUUCGGAUGCGGCCAACAAGGUUUCGGCAGUAAGUGGGAUUGCAGAGGCCGGCAGUACUUUGAAUCCAGAGCUGACCCCAUCUUCAAUUCAAUAUUGCAGAUCUCGGCCCACUUCUCGGUUUGGCCCCUCAACAAGCCGAUCGUGACCGACGCCAAGACCGUCGACCUCGCCUCGGUACUUCUCGUCGCGAGUCUCCACGGCCGCAGUGUCCACGUCAGCAACGUGCAGUCGCAAGCCGACAUCGCGCUUAUCGCGCUCAGCAAGGAGAAGGAGCUCAAGGUCACCUGCGACGUGUCCGUUUACUCGCUCUUCCUGUCCGCCGAGGCGUACCCCAAGGCGACCUGCCUGCCGUCGGCGGCCGACCAAGCCGCGCUUUGGAGCAACAUGGCGACCAUCGAUACCCUUUCGGUCGGCGCCCUCCCUUACCGCUUGGCGACCGAGCUCGGCUUGCCCUACUCGCCCCGCUCGGGUAUGGAAGAGUCGACGCUCAUGUUGCUCUCGGCCGUCCAAGACGGCCGCUUGACGAUCGAAGACCUCACCGCUCGUCUGUCCGACAACCCUCGUGCGAUCUUUGACUUGCCCGCGGCCGUGGCCAACACCUACGUCGAGGUCGAGAUCGACCGAGCUACAACGUUCGCUCGCCGCUCGUAUUGGUCGCCCCUCGAGGGCCAGUCCGUGGCCGGUGCGAUCCACCGAGUCGUGCUCCGUGGCGACACGGCCUUCCUCGACGGCACCUUCUUCCCCACCCGACCCGCCGGCGGCCGCAACAUCUCGGCCCUGGCUGGUGCUCCCAAGUCGGACCGCAAGUUGGCCCGCUUCUCCAUGUCGUCGUCGGCUCGUCCCUCCCUCCAGUCGCUGGGCUUCCCGAGCAAGCCGUUCGACGUCAACCCUUCUUUCCCCGUCGUUCCGUCGGCCUCGAGCCAGGCCCUGACCAAGUCGCCGAAACUCGUGGGUAGCAAGUCACCGCGACUCGAUGGCAACGACGGUGGGCUCCAGCCCAGCUUCAUGGGUCUGUCGUUGCAGCACGCCGCUAACUCGGCAGUGGUGGCUACGCGCGGUGCCUCUCCGACCUCUUCGCUGACGACGCUCUUGUCGCAAUCGUCCUCGGUGUUCUCCCGGAGACACGUCUUGUCGGUUCGCUCCUUCAACCGAGACGACCUGCACGCCUUGUUCGGUGUGGCCUCCGAAUUGCGCAUGCUCGUCGAGAGACAGCUGCCCGUUGACCUGCUCCGUGGCCGAGUGCUCUGCACGCUCUUCUACGAGCCCUCGACCCGGACGUCGAGUUCGUUCGAGGCGGCCAUGUGCCGACUUGGCGGCCAGGUCGUCGCGAUCACACCCGAGACAUCGUCGGUCACGAAGGGUGAAUCGCUCGCCGAUACGGUCCGAACGCUCGGCUGCUACGGCGACGCCAUCGUCCUACGCCACCCCGCGGCUGGGUCGGCGCAGACGGCGGCCAAGUUCUCGCCCGUGCCGAUUCUGAACGCUGGCGAUGGUAUCGGAGAGCAUCCCACUCAGGCAAGCAUCAGACCGAACGACGUUCUAUGAUUGCCGAUUGACUGACAUAUUUUCAUUGCCUCCUGCAGGCCUUCUUGGAUAUCUACACCAUCCGAGAAGAGCUCGGGACGGUCAACGGCCUGACGAUCACAAUGGUCGGAGACCUCAAGAACGGCCGCACGGUGCAUUCGCUCGUGCGCCUGCUCUCGCAGUACUCGGUUUCGCUCAACUUUGUCUCGCCCGCAUCCUUGUCGAUGCCUGAGUCGGUCAAGGAAGAGGCGAUCAAAGCUGGCGUACCCGUGAUGGAGACGACGAGCCUCGCCAGCGUGAUUGGCAGCACCGACGUGCUCUACGUCACCCGGACACAGCAGGAGCGAUUCGCCAGCGUCGUUGAGUACGAAGCCGUCAAGGACUCGUACAUCAUCAACAACGAGGUCCUCGCAUCGGCUAAGCCCAAUUGUAUCGUCCUGCACCCCUUGCCCCGCAACGCCGAGGUCGACCCCGAAGUCGACUUUGACCAGCGCCGCGCGGCCUACUUCCGACAGAUGCGCUACGGUUUGUUCGUCCGCAUGGCGCUCUUGUUGCUCGUCCUCAACUAG